CUGACCCGCUUUUGCUCCGGCCAAUAAAAAGGCGAGGCGAAGCGGAGGAGCGGAAGCAGAUGACCUCGCCGCCGCCGCCGCCGUCGUCGUUGCUCCGCCGCCUCCCGACCACGCGCUGCUGCUGCUUUGCCUCCGCGUCGAGCGGCUGGAGCGCGAGUGCGAGCGUGCGGCUCGGAUCCCUCGGCGGGAAGCAGCGGCGGGGGCAUCGCGGCGUGGCGGUGAUGGCGGCGGCGGCGGCAGGGGGAGGAGGCUUCGAGGCGCGCGUGGCGCGGAUCGCGUCCACCAUCCGCGUCAUCCCCGACUUCCCCAAGCCAGGGAUUAUGUUUCAAGAUAUCACAACAAUGCUUCUCAAGCCAGAUGCAUUUCGUGACACGAUCGAGCUCUUCGUUGAGCGAUACAAGGACAAAGGGAUCACUGUAAUUGCUGGUGUUGAAGCUAGAGGAUUCAUUUUUGGUCCGCCCAUUGCUUUAGCACUAGGUGCAAAAUUUGUUCCAUUGAGGAAGCCAAAAAAGUUACCUGGUGAGGUGAUCUCGGAAGAAUAUUCUUUGGAAUAUGGUACAGAUAAAAUAGAAAUGCAUGUAGGAGCUGUGGAGCCAAAUGGCCGGGCCGUUGUUGUUGAUGAUCUAAUCGCUACAGGUGGAACCUUAUCUGCAGCCGUUAAACUUAUUGAGCGUGCUGGAGCAGAGGUUGUUGAGUGCGCAUGUGUCAUUGAACUACCAGAACUGAAGGGUCGGGACAAGCUGGGGAACAAGCCAGUUUUUGUCCUUGUGAAGGCAGACUAAGCGGAAUGAAACAACUAAGGGCCUCUCAAGUUGUCCCUAUUAAUAUCAGUGUCCUUCUCGAAGCAUGUUGGAAGCAACUAAGAUAUCGGUCGUGACAAUAUUAGCUUGUUCUAUCCAGUGCUCUGCAAUAAAAGUCUCAUCUUUAAAUUUGUAGGCACAUGAGUUAUUUGGGAAUUCGGACUUGAAUGAUCCUUGUAAUACAUCAAAACACGGCAUAAUUUUUUUUAAAGGAGUGCCAAUUAUUCAUGGGGAAUGAGAAUCACCUAUUUUGGAGUUUGUUGUUC